AUGGCUUCGUCCAGUAAUCCCAGUCAUAUUAUGGAUGAACUGGUAAUUGAAGAAGAGCUUGAAGAAGGUCUCGUGCUCCAAGAUCUUGGUGGAGUUGGUGAGGAGGAGUUUGUUUAUGAUUGGAGAUUGUGUUUGGUGGGUCGUUUUAUCUUUUCAGGGACUAUAGACUUCCCCUCUAUGCAGCAAACUCUGGCAGCACUAUGGAAACCUGGUAAGGGGGUCUAUAUGAAGGAACUAGACGCCAACCAAUUUCUAUUUCAAUUCUACCACGAAAUUGAUAUUAAACGAGUCGUUGCAGGCAGCCCGUGGUAUUUUAAUAGAAAGGCUUUGAUUAUCACUCGCAUGAAGGAGGAGUCUAACCCCCGUUAUCUUGCUCUAAAUACGCUAGACUUAUGGGUACAACUGCAUGAUCUUAAAACAGGAUUCAUGACUUCAACGGUGUUACAGGCUGUCGGAAACUAUGUUGGUGCUUUUGUCGAAUCUUGUCCUAAAAAUUUCAUGGGAAUCUGGAGGGAUUACAUGAAGAUAAGGGUCACUAUUGAUCUGUCAAAACCACUGAAACGUCGUAUGCGAGUUCGCAAAACUGGAGACGAUUGGAUAUGGAUCACAUUCAAGUAUGAGAAUGUUCCCACCUUUUGUUUUAUCUGUGGAAUAUUGGGUCAUUCGGAGAGAUUUUGUCCAAAACUUUUUGAUACACCUGAACAUGAAAUCACAAGACCAUAUGGGGAGUGGAUGAAAGCUCCGUUUAGGCGUUCAACUAAACUCAUUGGAGCACAGUGGCUGAGAAAUGGCGUUCGAAGGUGGCACGGAAAGGAUGACCGGUAG